UCUUCCAGUUUGAUGUGUUUUCACUCUUUUCUGUUCCUAUUCCUAUGCAUGCCAAAAGCACGCCAACUGGAUACAUUUGUUGUUGUUGUGCAGAUGUAAUCCUGGCUUUUAAUGAGUGGUCGGCAGCUUUAAUGUAGCAAAAACUUUCAUACUACAUAUUGCACAGUACAUAUUCUUGCAAAUUUCUGUGCAUGCAAAUGUCCACCAGAAUUAGAUACAAUCAGCCAGUUAAUCAAGUGAGCUAUGUAUUCGUAACCUGCAUGGGCAAUACUUAAGAAUAUGAGAAAAUUAUUCCAUAAAGUUAAAGAAUAGCCAUGUCCUUCUCACCACCGGAAAAUAUGGAGCCCGAAGCGGACCAGCCUCUCAAUGGGGAUGCUGUCAAAGGAAAGCGCGUCACUUUCGCCACAAAAUUUAAGGCGAUUUCCGUCGAGAAACCCCCGAGCAAGGAGCCGUACAACUUUGUCCUUGCCGUCCUUGGUCUCUGUUGCUGCUGUCCUAUCGCUCUCUGCUUGCCUUGCUGCUACUGUUUCGCCCUCGUGUGGAUGUUCGUCCCCAUGGCGGAGAUAAUUAUUGGGUGGAUGUACUACGAUAAGGUAUACUGUCCGCAGGAGGACGUCGCCCUCCUCCUCAUCAUCGGAGGGUCCAUAGGCGUCCUGGCUGGUUUCAUUGAGUGUUGCUUCGGAGGGAGGCAGAUUCGACAGCAUCAACAGGAACAACGACAAGGAAAAGAAUCAUCGGCUGAAAACGGUGGUGUUGCUCCUCAACAGAUUCAAGAACCUGCUCCACUUCUGACCCGAAUUGUACUCUGGAUUCUAAGAGUGGCAGCCAUCGUUUGGGUCGGUAUCGCAGCCAGUGUCGUCUACUCAUUUUAUGAAACCGUGAGUUACGAGGAGGGGACCGAGACGUACUGCCACCCGUUAAUGUACCGUUUCCUCUUCUGGGUUGUUACCGUGUCACUCGUGCUCCUGGCCAUGACGCCAAUCGUGCUUUUGUGCGCGUGCUGCUUGGGGCUCUGCGCUGCAGCGGUCGGAGCGACGGCGGCUGUUGGAACGGCGGCGUCGGAUUGAAAAUAAAAUAUCUCAGACCAAUUAAUAACUGGUGCUUUUGUUAUUUAAAGUAAUUAAUAAUAAAAUAAGGGUUUUUGAUUUCCUCAUCGUUGAAA